AUGCAGCGCCGUGCAACAGAUUUGUGUUGUUUGAGACACUCCUUGUCCAAACAACGGGAGGAAUAUAGCCGCUGGCAUCAGUGGUGUGGCAGUGCGACCACACUUCAUGCUCUCCAGAUCGAGAUAAUGGUUUCCACGCGGGCUGCGAUGAGGGGCGCCUUGGCUCUUGUGUUGACGGAUGAAAAGAGGCCCCUUCGUGAAGCGCCGCCUCACGAAGGGGCUGUCAGUGGUGUGGAGGGCAGGUCGAGAGUUAACGCAAGCCUGGCAACACCUUUUGGCGGGAAAAGUUUUGUUUACAUUGGAGUUCCAGGAGAGGCAGGUUGCCGCCGCGUCCAUCGUCUUAUUUUCUCAAUAUUUGUGUUUUUUUUGGCCAUGGCUGACUUAGAAGAUGAUAUUAUCGAAGGCUCUGACGAGGAGGGCGAAGCCAUGACAGCCGCCGAGGUGCUGCAGAGGCUGGAAGAGGCCUGGAUGACAGAACGCAUGUCGCCCACCCUAGAGAGCCAUCAGAGUGAGCUGGUCGACUGCAUGCUCGACCAGAUCAACCAGAUGACGGAGAACCUCAAGCGCUGCAAGAAACACGACUUUAGACUCGCCAUUCACAAAAUGGAGAUCGACCGCAUCCGAUACAUGAUCAGCAGCUACCUCCGAACGAGACUGGAGAAGAUCGAGAAGUUCACGCACUACCUGUUGGAGAAGGAGGGCCGGGUCACGGACGAGAGCCUGGCCACGCUCUCCCCGGCCGAGGUCAACUACGCCAAGGAGUACGCCUCCAAUCUGGAGUCCCACUUCCAAACCCUCAUCCUCCAGCAUGUCCCCGAGAACUUGCGUGCCUUCGACCCCAACAAGAUGAGCGUCAAACCCAACCUCGACAGCUAUGUGUUCCUCAAGGUGAAGGAGACCACUCCAGGGGUGCUCAUCGAGGACGACACAGGGGAAGGAAGAGACGAGGAAGUGGACCUUGACGAAGGCGGCCAGCACUUGAUGCGCUACAAGUCCGUCAGUCACUUGCUUCACAAUGGAGCCGUUUCCUUGAUAUGAAAGAGGGAGAAUGAAAACAGGAUUAGCUUUAUUAAUUCAAAGAUUAUUAUUAUUAUUAUUGUUAUGAUAAGGUUUUCUGUAGAGUGGAAGUUCUUAAAUUAGAAUCUGUUAUCUUUUUAAUAUAUUAUAUAAAUUGUCAA